AGUCAAUGGAACAACCGAAGGCUCUCGCUCUCGCUCUCUUUCAGCUCGCAAUCCGGAAUUGUGUACGUUUUGUGGCUUAUACGUGUGUUGGGUGUGUGUUUGUAUGGCCGAUAACGAUUUUUUUGUUGUUUCUUCGCAGCUACAUGCACAUUGGCUUUGAAAGCCGUCGUAUAAAGCUGUAUAAAUUACACGAAAAUGAGGGUAUCAAUUUGCCGCCUAAUUUCAUCGAAAAUUUUUGCAACAGCAACACCAUCAAAACUAAAUCAAAUUUAACGUCAUCUCAGAGUAUGAAUCUUGUUUGAUGAACGAGAGCUACCUUGAACUAGGUCCCAAGUAUUAGGAAUUCGCCCGCAUCAAACACAUUACAACAAGAUGUCGAACAUUUGGCUUGUAGAUGAUCCAAGUAUGCCUUGAUCAUAUUUACUAUUUUUUUCCACCCAUUUUUUUGCAUGAAAAUCCACCGAAUUAAUUUCGAAACGAUUUAAAACAAAAGAUAAUUUUGGAACGAAUUUAUCUGCAUCAUUAAACGCAUCCGGUGCAUAUAUGUAAGGAACCUGUCACGACUAAGUACUAGGCUACUUACUUCGUUUAGUGACAUUCUAUAUUUACCUACGCUACUCGGUGUCUACCGAGAUCCGCUGAACACAAAGUGUGUGUGUGCAAAUUUCGCAAAAGUGUUUUAUUUAUUUAUCGUCGCUGUUUUUUCUCUCUCUAAAUUCCGUUUUUGCUAUUUCGGGAGUUUUAUUGUUGGGCCAUUGAAGAUUGAAUGAGACACAUUUCAAUCGUGUAAACAGUAGUUUCGCUACGUUUUCGAUUUGUUUUGAGUGAUUGUAAUACUGUGAAUACUUUAGUGGAUCUCUCUCCCAUCAUGGAUGCACAAGCACAACAACCACAGGAACAACAACAAACAUCAACAAAAGUGUUUACCGUCGUAGAGACCAGACAUUUGUUGAAAAUUCUGAUGAAUCCAAAGACCUUAUCUAUGUUUAAAGACAACAAACAAUCGCAUGCAUUCGUUUGGAAUUACAUUUUCAAAUGUAUGAAGCUGAAAUUUCCGAAAUUCGCUAAAAGCACACGACAGUGCUACAAAAAAUAUGAAAAUUUGAAGGGAAAAUAUUUUGAAAUAAAGCGCGCUCAAAUGAACGGUGAACAGCGUCCGUAUUGGUUGUACUACAACGAGAUGGACUACAUUAUUAGCCAUUUCCCUGGCCAUCGGCCGCGAAUAAAUAUCGAUGCAAACAAUUCAGCGUCGGCCACAUCAACUCCGAAUGCAUCCAAUGCAUCAUUGGACAGCACAAACAAUGCGAAUGUCACAAAUAAUUCUGAUUUCCCCGACAUCAAGCCGGUGCGUGCCGCUUCACUGUCUGCGGCCAAUUUGGAUGCAAAUGAUACCGUGCUGACACCGUUCAUACCGAAGAAGAUUCAAUUACUCACCCUGAUUCGGAACACAAAACCAUCCGAUUUCGAGAAGAAGAGUGAUGGUUGGGAAUUGGUGCUGAAAAAAGCCCAAAGUAAAGGUCUAUAUCCAUUGAACAAAACUUGGCUGGAUUUUUACUACGAAAUAUGGAUCGCAAAUGUAGAUGAUGUUGUUACUAAAUGGGAAAGUUUCAGCACAGGCACACGAAUGGUUCGAUAUGAUGAAGCAGACAAAAUCAUGUUUGAUAUAAUCAAAGACGAUUGGAAUGAAUUUGGAUCCAAUUCAAAUUCAUCGAUUCGAAUACCAACACUGCGUACAUUGCCCGGCUACAUAGAAAAACUAAAAGAUUUGCGACAAGACAACAUAGUUUUAGAAGAAAUUGACAACAUCCUUCCAGAAAGAAAUGAUACGGACACGUCGAGAGAUGCACAUUUUGCGUCGAAUAAUAAUACGUCAAACAAAAGCAAUCGUUUAGAAAACGGUCAUUGUUUCACCGAGCCAACACAUCAACAAUCAUCACCGACCACUGUACCGAGUGUGUUCAACCAUGAUGCGCCCCUCACUCAAUACAAACAACAGGCGCUCCAGCUAAAAAAUCAAUUCAUCAAAACGAAAAUGUCCGCCUACGCGGAGAAACACAAUCGAAAGUGUUACAAAAUGGAUUUGGAGCUGUAUAAAAUUGAAAAAGAAUUGGGUCUGCCGCCGUCCGAAUUUACACAGAAAUUCGCACAACAAAUUGUCACCGAUCAUACAUCAAACAAUCUCAGUAUGGCGCCCAUACCAUCGAUGCAUCCACAUCCACAGCAACAGACACAAGCACAACAAAUAAUCAGUAAUAGUCUACCAAAUGCCGGGCCCCAAAUACAAACCGUUGUAAACGGUGGCAACGGAAAUGCUAACGCACAAUCCGUACACGGUCUAAAUGAAACGUUCUUCAAUGUUGACAUCAAACGCGAAAUGAACUUUGAUGAUGGCGGAAACUUUGACUUUGUCUAGUUUAUAAAAACUCACACAUUUUUAGCUUGUAAGGAAAAAAAAAACAACAGAAAAAAAAUAUAAUGAGAUUUUUGCUUCCAAAUUCACUUUUUAAAAGGAAUCUUUUUCGUUUCUGUCUCUUUGUUUGUUUGUAAGACUCAAAUUUAUUAUUCAUUUUAGUUUUAAAUAAUUCAUUUCACUCUUUCAAUAAAACUGAAAAUCGAAAUUGUGUAGAAAAAGCAACCAAUUGUUUUGGGCCUUAUCCUUCGGUUUGCUUGUUCGUUUUAUGUAUGUCGUUUGGAUUUGUCAAACAAUGAAUCUUUCAAAAAAAAAACAAACAGUUAUAAGUUAUAAUAAAUGGCAAAAAAAUUAAUCAGAAAA